AUGGGCAACUCAGAGGUCGGGCACAUGAACAUCCGCGCUGGGCAAGUCUUCUGGCAAGAUAUCGUGAGGAUCGAUGUGUGGAUCAAGAAGUGCCAGUUCCACAAGAACGAGGCCAUUGUCUCGGACGGUGGCGUGAACUCGCACAUUAACCACCUGUACGCGCUACUCCAGGUCGCGAAAGAGGUCGUCAUGCCCCACGUUUACAUCCACUUCUUCGGCGAUGGGAGUAUCACCGCGCCCCGCUCGGCUGCAGGAUAUGUCAAAGGUCCCCCGCGAUCACUGAGAAGAAGAAGUAUGGCCAGAUCAGGACCAUCGUGGGCCGCUGCUACGCAAUGGACCGCGACAAGUGUUGCGAGCAUCGCCGUGGAUGUCCUCAUGAAAGGUGAUGAGACGGACGAAUUCUUGGAGCCUAUCGUUGUGAACCGUGAUAAGGCCCUCGUCAAGGAUGGCGACACAGUCUUCUUCUUCAACUGCCGCUCUGACCGGAUCCGGGGGAUUGUCACCGUGCUUGGCCUUCCCGAUAAACCCACGGAGGUCGAUGUGCCGAAAGGCCUGCACUAUGUCACAAAUACCACGCCGAGUUCCCUUUCCCGGUUGCUUUUCCUCCGCAACCGAUGA